UGAGAAUGCUUAAUUUCUGCGUUUUUAUGGGUAAACUGUGUUGGGAUUUUCAAUAGAACUGAAAAUGUUACAAACCCAACAAGGAGCAGCUGUUCUUGUUUCUAAAUUGCUGAAAACCCCACCACUCAAAGCUCUUACACUCUUCAAAUCCUCAAUCGAGCAAGGGUUUCAUCAAACCCACCAAUCUUUUUCUAUAAUCCUAGACGGACUUCUCUCGAGCAACUCCAUCUCAGUUGCUCAAUCUCUAAUCUUACAGUUAGUUUCCGGCAGAAUCACUUCACCCCAUUUCACUGUUCCUUCAUUACUUCAGUAUUUGACUCAUUCCUGUUUCUUGAAUUCUACUCCUUUAUAUGAAAUUGUCAUCAAUGCCCAUCUUCAAUCUCAGUUAAUAGAACAAGGGCUGAUCUUUUUUAAUGAAAUGAUUGAUAAAGGACUUGUACCUUCAUCGAACACGUUUAAUAGUAUUCUUUCUAGUGUUAUAAAGAUUGGAUAUUUUGAAAAGGCUUGGUUGAUUUUCGAAGAAUCAAUGGGGAAGGAGUUCUUGGAUAUGUAUAGUUUUGGGAUAGUGAUAAAGGGUUGUUGUGAAUUUGGUGAUUUGAAUGGUGCUUUUGAGGCAUUAACUAAAUUGAAACAAAUGGGGUGGCGGCCGAAUGUUGUAAUAUAUACUACUAUCAUUGAUGGGUGUUUUAAGUAUGGUGAUGCUGGAAGAGCAAAGGAGUUGUUUAGUACGAUGUCAGUCGAGGGUAUAAUACCUAAUCAGUACACUUACUCUGUAUUACUUAAUGGUUUCUUUAGGCAAGGACUUAAAACGGAUGGAUUCGAGCUUUAUGAGAAGAUGAAGCUUGAUGGAGUGUUUCCUGAUAUAUACACUUAUAAUUCUCUUAUUAACGUGUAUUGCAGCGAUGGAGAAAUUAGCAAAGCUUUUGAAUUAUUUGAUGACAUGCGUCAUAAUGGGGUAGUAUACAAUGUUGUAACUUAUAACACUUUGAUUAGAGGGUUAUGUCAAGAGAAGAGAGUGUUGGAAGCUGAGAAACUAGUGGAUCAAAUGAAGCUGGCUGGGUUGCACCCUAAUUUGAUCACAUAUAACACUCUAAUAGAUGGGUGUUGUAGUGCUGGAAAGCUUGAGAAAGGAUUAACUUUGUUCAAUCAGAUAAAGUCAUAUGGGUUAACACCUACAUCAAUCACGUAUAAUACUUUAAUUGCGGGUUUCUCUAGAGCUGGAAAUCUAUCAAAGGUUGUUGACUUUGUUCGUGAGAUGGAGGAAAGAGGCAUAUUUCCUUCAAAAGUCACAUACACAAUUCUUAUUGAUGCAUUUGCUCGAUCCAACGACAUGGAAAAAGCACUUGAGGUGUUCUCGCGUAUGCAUAAAGCUGGUUUGACUGUAGACCUUUGUACAUAUGGUGCCUUGAUACAUGGGUGGUGUAGUCAAGGGAAUAUGAAGGAAGCAUCGAAAUUGUUCCUAUCGAUGUCUGAAUAUCAUCUACAGCCUAACGAUGUAAUAUACAAUACGAUGAUAUUUGGAUACUGUAAAGAGAGCAGUUCCUAUAGAGCCUUGAAGCUGCUCAAAGAAAUGGUUGAGAAUGGAAUGAUUCCAAAUGGAGCAAGCUAUUGCUUGACGAUUGAAGUUCUUUGUGGUGAUGGGAAAUGGAAAGAGUCCGAGGUUUUAGUCAGUGGCAUGAUGAAAUUCGGUCUAAAACCCUCGGUUUCAUCACGUGAUCUGAUUCAAAAGGCAAAGAACGUGACAACUUAAAGAUAUUAUGAAAGCGAUACCUGAAAUGUAUGCACACAAUAAGCAUGUGAAGCAACAUCAACUAGAAAAUGAAUGAAGGCUUAGAUACCUUAGAGUGCCUUGUCCUCAUCGUCAUGCCCUUGUUCUCGAGAUUAUGGAGACUACU